AUGGAAACGACAAUCGCCAAGCUCCGCCUCAACUGCGGAUGGCCAUAUGAAGACGUCCUCCACAUGGCCAAGUUCACGAUUCAUCACGUCUGUCGCGAGUCUGGAACUCCAGGCCUUGCAAUAGGGAUCUUCAACCGGGACGGCAAAGUGCUCAACAGCUACUACAGCUUCCGUGACGUUAGAAAGCAGUUACGUCCAGACAUCGACACCGUCUUCAACCUCGGGCCCAUGAGCACAGGCUUCACUACUCUGGCCGUCGCUUGUCUCGUUUCCGAUGGCAAACUUGACUGGGAUGAUCGUGUCGACAAGUUUCUCGUAGAAUUGCGUGACACUGAAAAUGGCAAAUUCACUAUUCGAGAGUUGCUGAGCCACAGCACAGGAUUAUGCACGUCAGAAGCCCUAUUUCUUGGGUCCGACAAUCGGCUUCUCCUCAAGAAGACUCAGGGCACUGAUGUUUUUGCCCAUCUCAGCCCCAGCCAUCCUCCCCAGAAGUUCAUCUACAACCAUGUCGGCUACCAUGUUGUGGGAUGUGUCAUCGAGCAAUUGUCGUCGAUGAGUUACGGCGACUUUCUGGCGAAGCGCAUCUUCGAGCCGUUGAAUAUGAAGCGCACAUUCACGACACUUCCUCCAGCGUCGGACCAGAAUGUUGCACAAGCCUACGUUACGUAUCACGACCGGGGGCUUUGCCAGGUUCCACCGCCUAGCCUCUGCAGUGAUACGGCCAUUUUCGCCUCGGGCUGUGUCCGAAGUUGUUUGCGUGAUCUCAUGACAUUCUACAGUGCGUUGCUGCGCAACUUCAUCGAUCUCAUGCCCAACUCUAUCUUUAGAGACCUCAACACCAUCUCCAUCCAUAUCCGGACGAUAUUCGAACCAACCAUGCCUUUCCGGGACCCCACGUCGCUUCGAGAACAGUCCUACGGUAUGGGAUGGGCGAGAACCCAGUUGCCCAACCAAAUGAGCCUGUUCAGCAGCAAUUACGACUUACUGGAUGCCUAUCAAACCAUUGGCGAUUCGAGCGACGCGCCAUUGGUUUUUCACCAAGGCGGCAGUAGCUCCGGUUGCUCAUCUACGGUAUACCUGAUGCCCGAGCUGAAUAGUGGCAUUGUUGUGCUCAGAAAUGCCCUGGGCCACUGCGAUGCGACCGACUUGACCGCACAGGCACUGACCGAGGCAUUUCUAUGCGGAAGCAUCAGGACUCCUUUUGACCAGUACACCAUGGCAGCAGCUUCGAGGCAACGCUCCGCCAUGGAACGCGUGCAGGAAAUGCUAGACAAAGAGAAGAAGCCCAGCGCCCCUCCCACCAACCUUGAACGGUACACGGGCACUUUUUGGAACAAGACGCGCCAAUUUCGCAUCGUCGUGGCACUCUGCACACAGGGCGACAAAAGGGAACUAAACAUGUCGUUGCAAGGCCGACAAGACGAGAAAUAUACGCUCCGCCAUUGUCACGAGGACUUUUUUGUCUUCAAUGAGACCUUUGACCAAGUCGUCAACCGUGGCCAGCGGUGUAGGCCGUAUUGGUUUUACAAGAUUGGGUUUCUAUCCCAAGCCGCGCUUUGCUGGAGAAUGGACGAGGAGGAGGAACAGGGACAGAUCUUCAAAAAAGAUUGA